AUGAAGUCCGGUUCAGGAAUAGAACCGGAGGACCGCAUCCAAGCACCGGUUCACGGGCACAGGCAACGCCAGGACUCGUACUACGCCGCCACUCCGCCCUCUGAUGGGGCCCCGAGCGCUGUGGCAGCCGACGGCGGCGCCGAUGCCUCCUCGCCGUCACCUCUCCCUGCAGCGCCCGUCGACCGACCCCAAGAACGUUUCCAUGCGCAGGCCGGAGGCGGAAGCCGCGGCACCCAUGGAUCGAGCUCCGCUGCGGCGUGGGUCGGGCCCGACGACAUUCCUUUUCUGGCACCUCCCGCUCCAAGAUCCGUGGGAAGCAGCCCAUCCACCCCCUCCCCCGACGGCGCCUCGGCAUUCGGAGCCGGGGCGUCAAGCUCCGCGACGGGCAGGGGCAAGGGGGUAAAGUGGAGGCAUCCGGUGGUGGUGCCGAAGGAGGCGAGGCGGCCGUUCGACUCCAGGCUAGUGUUCGAACAGUUGGUACGAGAGCAGGCAGCUAUCAACGAGGCUCAUAUACAAUGGGCAGAGAGAGAGGAGGAGGAGAAGAAGAAGAAACCGGUGGAACAGGUGAAAUCGUCGCACGCCAAGAAGGCGCUCUGGAGCAAGUUUAAAAACUAUUUCACCCGCAAGAGAAAGAUUGUUGAUAGAGAAGGAAGGAGAAUAUAUUCGGAACAUGUGGGUCACCAGGUUUGGGUCCAUUUUGCCUUAUAUUCAAAACAGAAGUUCAUGAAAUAUCAGGAUCAAAAUCCUAGAUCACAUGAUACUGUGAUUCUUUAUGGUCCUGUACAAUCAACUGUUCGGAGGGAUGAUGUUCUCUUUUAUGGAAUACUAUAUUGAAUGUUAACUCUUGCUUGUGAUAGUCUGAUAGAACCUGAGCUGUCUUUGUAGUGAUGUUGAGUUCACCAGAAAUUAAUGGAUGUAUUUUCUUCUUUUAUUAUUGAACAACAUCGAAUCAGUAUCAAUGAUAGAAUUAAAAUACAUGUUAGUGGUUCCAUACAUUUUCAAAGCAAACGGAAACCUGAAAAUUGGAAUCAAACAAA